AUGGCGGCUCAUCACCGACAUCAAUCCUCCCUUGAGGGAGUCCUGGACUUCUCUUUGCCGUCGAGCCUAAGUCCUGAGGAGCUGGCCCUUGCGAGAUCUACGUUCGGCCAGUUAAUCGACCACUGUGAGCCUGUGCAGGCGGUCGAGCCCUACAAGAAGGCGACCCUGGUGCGUCUGAUGCACGAGCAGUCUCGGAACAAAGACGCGUUUCUGCACCAUUUCUUUCUCUACCUUGGAAACGAGUGCAGCCCCCCCGGGUUCUCGAGUGGCCUCGACCGGUUCGCAGCCUUCGACCGGUCAGACGCAGAGCAGAGGAAGGAGGCCGAGAGCGCGGUGGACAGGUUUGCCGGUUACUUAUUCGAUAACUUUUUCCUACCACCAGUGAAGGCUUCGGGCGGACACACUCCACAGCCCACGCCGGCGUCCCUGACUGCCCCAGUUGAGAAUGUAGCGGGGACUGCGUCGAGGAUUGCCACGCUGCGACGCGACUGUCUCAUCCGCGACCACCACCGCUGCGUUGCUACACGCGCGUUCGAUACCGUCGAGGCGGUGAAGAGGUACGAGCGAGACGGGGUAGACUCAAGGGACGACGAAGGCCGGCCGCUACUUGAUUCCAAGGACUCUAUCGAGAUCCUAGAAGUGGCACAUAUACUUCCACAUUCUCUCAUGUCCACAGGCGGCCAGCAAGAAUUGAGCGAGUCGAAGAAGUCUGCCCUCGCAAUACUCAACUUGUUCGAUCAUGGUGUUAUCCAUGAAAUCGAGGGCCCAGACAUCGAUCGCCCGAAGAAUGCGAUCAGCCUUACCCGAGAUGUUCAUUGGCGCUUUGGAAACUUCGACAUCCACUUCGAGUCGAUGGACGAGCCCCAAUACCCACCGCACACAUACAGGGUAAAUACUGCAAACACAAGGAACCCCUUUCUAAAACCUGCGUGGAUACCGGUCGUCAGAACAUUCUAUCUCUCUCCAAACCGCACGGUGGAACCGCCAUCUCGAAGGCUUCUCGACAUCCACCGUGCAUGUGCUACCAUACUUCAUCUCAGUGCUGCGGGCGAGUACAUCACCAAGAUACUGGAGACAGAGAGGAUCCCUACGACUCUAUGA